GGCAGCGAUGGCGAUGAGCACCGACAACAUGACCAGAAACAUCCAGGCUACAAAUGUCCCCCGACGGACAAAGCGUGUCGCCCUGCUGAUCAACAACAUGCAUUUUUACAACCCGGCAUUAACCAGACACGGGGCUGACAAAGAUGAGCAGGCCGUGGUCAACCUGCUCCACACUCUGGGAUACGAGGUGGAUAGACAUCGGAACCUACCUGCACAGAAAAUGGACGAAGUUCUGAAAAGGUUUAGCAGACGUCCGACACUGCCCCUCACAGACAGCGUGUUUGUUGUUGUCAUGUCCCACGGAGGCAUGGGAACUAUCUGUGGAACGGGCAAUCACAGGAUGGAAAUUGACCGAAUUUAUGAGCGCUUAAACUCUAGAAACUGUCCCGCGCUGAAGGACAAACCGAAGAUCGUCAUCAUUCAGGCGUCCAGAGGAGUGCUCGUACCUGGAAGACCGCCUGUGCCCACAGAUAACAUGAGAGCUCGAUCAGUAAAUGAAGCUGCUCGGCUGCACACAGAAAAGGAUUUCAUCACUCUUCAUUGCAGCGCGCCUCACAUAGCUGCAUACAAACACCCGGCGUACGGCUCCUUCUUCAUCCAAAGUAUCGCUGAGGUGUUCAGCAGUCGGUGCGUCCAGGAUCCCAUCGAUGAACUCUUCAAAAAA